UGGAGGAGGAGUUAACGGUAUGUCUCUUUCAGCCGGGGUGACUGCAGCUCUCUCUCUCUUGCUCCAGUAACUGGAGGCACAAGUUCCUUCUUCACCAGCUUCAACUUCAUUUCUCAGAAGGUCUGGGCUGUGUACUGCUGCUAGAGCCAUGGCACCUAAAAAGAACAAGGCGACCAAAAAGAGCAAAGGAGACAUAAAUGAAAUGACCAUAAUGGUGGAGGACAGCCCGAUCAACAAGAUCAACGGGCUGAACACCCUGCUGGAAGGAGGAAACGGCUUCAACUGUAUUUCAACUGAAGUCACUGAUUCUGUGUACGCCCCGAACCUGCUGGAGGGUUUGAGCACCAUGAGGCAGGACAGCUUCCUCUGCGAUCUAACCGUCGCCACCAAGACAAAGUCGUUUGAUGUCCACAAGGUCGUCAUGGCCUCCUGCAGCGAGUACAUCCGAAACAUCUUGAAGAAGGACUCGUCUCUCCAGAAGAUCGACCUGAACGACCUCUCGCCGGUCGGCCUCGCCACGGCGAUCACGUACGCAUACUCUGGGAAGCUGACCCUGUCGCUGUACAGCAUCGGCAGCACCAUCGCCGCGGCCAUGCUGCUGCAGAUCGGCACCUUGGUGAAGAUGUGCAGCGACUUCCUCAUGCAGGAGCUCAGCGUGGAGAACUGCAUGUACGUGGCCAACAUCGCCGAUGCCUACGACCUCAAAGAAACCAAGGAGGCAGCUCAGAAGUUCAUGCGGGAGAACUUCAUCGAGUUUUCUGAGAUGGAGCAGUUCCUGAAGCUCACCUACGAGCAGAUAAGUGAUUUCCUCUCGGACGACUCUCUGCAGCUUCCCUCCGAGAUCACGGCCUUCCAGAUCGCCAUGAAGUGGUUGGACUUUGACGAGAAGAGGUUGAAGUAUGCGGCGGAUCUCCUCACUCUCAUCCGCUUCGGCACCAUCUCCGCCCAAGACCUGGUGAAUCAUGUCCAGAUGGCGCCCAGAAUGAUGCAAGACCCCGAGUGCCACCGUCUCCUUGUCGACGCCAUGAAUUACCAUCUGCUGCCAUACCAACAGAACAUCCUCCAGUCACGCAGAACAAAGGUGCGCGGCGGCCUCAAGGUGAUAUUCACAGUUGGCGGACGCCCCGCCUUGACGGAGAAAUCCCUCAGCAAAGAAGUUCUCUACAGAGAUGCAGAUAACGUGUGGAAUAAGUUGACAGAAAUGCCAGCAAAGAGUUUCAAUCAGUGUGUGGCGGUGUUGGACGGCUUCCUCUACGUGGCAGGUGGCGAGGACCAGAAUGAUGCAAGGAACCAGGCUAAGCACGCUGUCAGCAACUUCUGCAGAUACGACCCCCGCUUCAACAAUUGGAUUCACUUGAGCAACAUGAUCCAGAAGCGCACGCACUUCAGCCUCAACAUCUUCAACGGCCUCCUGUUUGCCAUCGGAGGGCGAAACGGCGACGGCGUUCAGGCCUCCGUGGAGUGCUACGUGCCGUCCUCCAACCAGUGGCAGAUGAAAGCUCCCAUGGAGGUGCCCCGCUGCUGUCACGCCAGCUCCCUCAUCGACGGCAAGAUCCUUGUAUCCGGAGGUUACAUCAACAACGCCUACUCCAGGGCCGUGUGCUCGUACGACCCCUCCACCGACACCUGGCAGGAUAAGAACAGUCUGAGCACACCUCGAGGCUGGCACUGCGCCGCCAGCGUGGGAGACCGGGCCUACGUCAUCGGCGGCAGCCAGCUGGGAGGUCGUGGGGAGAGGGUGGACGUCCUCGCCGUCGAGUCUUACAACGCUCACAGCGGGCAGUGGAGCUACUGCACACCCCUUCACACAGGAGUGAGCACGGCGGGUAUAUCCAUUUUGAACAACAAGAUCUAUCUGCUCGGAGGCUGGAACGAGGGAGAGAAGAAGUACAAGAAAUGCAUUCAAGUUUUCAACCCUGACCUCAAUGAAUGGACUGAGGACGAUGAACUGCCGGAAGCCACAGUCGGCAUUUCAUGCUGCGUCGUCACCAUACCCACACGGAAAACACGAGAGUCCAGAGCCAGUUCAGUAUCUUCUGCACCAGUCAGUAUAUAACAGUUCAGAUGAUAGUUAUGUAGUUUACAUGUCUAGGUCUCCAGCUUUUCUGUUGCAUAAAUCUUGGUUCUAAACUCUACCAACAGUCCUUUCUUUGGGCCUAAGAUGAUGUUUAAAUGGUCUUCAGAUGAGAAAAAAUUAAUAACAAUGCAAGGAUUACAAAUUUGGGAACAUAUAUAUAUAUACUGCAUAUAUAUUCGAGUUUAAUAAUUAGUAUAAUUGGCAUCAUUAAGGUCAGAUAAUAUUUAUAAUAGAGACAAACUGGACAUAGCAAUAACCAAUUUUAUAAUUUGUAGACAGAAAUGUAUCUUUGGGGCCAAUUCAGUUGGGAUAGUUUCAUUAGCAAUUUUUCUGUAGCAAAUAUAAUGUUAUUUAAAACUCGAAUGAAAGGGAUAAAAAUGCAAAAACACUGCUGUUGUUGAGAUUAAUCUGCAACAUGACAUUUAACCAGUGCCAUAAAAUGAAUAACAUUGUGUUGUUUGCUUGCAACACAGUCAUUAAUGUUGAAGGAUUUAGUGACCGUCCUGUUUAUGGCAACUAUAGCUACUGUGAUUCUCAGAUACUUGAACAGAAUAAUGAGCUGGAGCUGUUGGGUAGGUGUUGGCAUCACCUACCAGUAGGAGGUGCUUGUGAUGAGUGUUGAAACACACCACACAGACAGGACGCAGUUUCUCUACAUGUGUCUCGUGCACAGUGGUCUUGUGUAUGUUGUGUGAUCGUCAUAAACACUAUCAGUGCGAAGUAAUGGAAAAAUGUUGGAGUGAUGAAGGUUGGAUGGGUUUAGAUGUGACAGCAAUAAACUAUUUUGUAAAAAAGAAAAAGAAAAGUAGAAGUUGGGCGUUGCCAGCCUGAGCUUUCCUGGAAGUGAUGAAUUCCCCGUUUGCUCAUGUCGUUUCCUUUUUUUUUUUUUUUUUUUUAAAUUAAAGAGACAAAGUGUAAGUUACUCUGAGCCAUGGUCAUAAAGUCAUUUCCAUGCAAGUGUAUUUUACUUUAAGGCAAUUUUGUGGGUCUUUUUAAGUGGUGCACUUGUGUGACACACUUAUUCAAAGAAAUCAGGUACAGGUUUGUAUUUGAGCACCAUAAAUAAAAAAGAAUCUAUACUUACACAAGACUAUUUUGCUCUUCCUCAAUUUCAAUUCAUAUCUAUUUGCCCUUUUUAGUGGUUUAUUUGACACUUUUGGGAAAUUAUUCUGAAUAAAUUCUGAAAUCUUCAAACACCCUUAAGUACACUGGCAUCGAGUGAGUAAUCCUACACUUGUAGCUUUUAAUUCUGCCCAUACUUUGUUGUCUAACAGCUGUAAAACCGAAAGUAAUUGCACUCCUGCUCAUUACACCGCAAACAUACUUUACACUGUGAGAGCGAGGAAACGGCUCCAGGCAUAUCACAUGAGCCAAAUGAGUAAAAGUGCUAUUUACAUUAUACACAAUACAUUUUUGGCGUAC